AUAAUUUAAAUAUGUAUUUGACCCAGGUCUAUUACAUAAUCAAUCAAUACUUCAAUAAAUCUGUAUUUAUAAUGAUUGGUGCCUUUCAACAUGUGUAAAUAAAUAAAACAUAAUAAAAUGCUGCUCAGUUCCUAACAAAAGCUUCAGGAACUACAUGAACUGUACUGGUAAGUAUCUUGCCACCCUUAAAACACUAUUGUGGCUGUGUCAUUCUCAUCUAAUUCCAAAACAGGAAGGAUUUACUCUAUAGUGUCAGCACAUUGACUCUGAGCAGUAUGUAGGAUAUGAAAGCCGUCUGGAGUUUCAGGUACAUGUGAUACUGUAACUACGUAAAACAAAAGAUCCAAGAACUCAUGAACAAGGUAUCCUUUAUUUAUAUUAAAACAAGCAUCAGGAACAGACUUAUGGGAUGAACCAUGAACCUGUCCAACCAGGUCCUGGUUCCUCAUAUAUUUUCCAUCUCUUUUGAAAUCAGAGAAAUCACGACAAAGAUCCAGCCGCAUACGAACCACAGAAAAUAUGGUGCGAAGAUACUUAGUGUCAUGGAUUCAAAAUCCACAAUCAGUAAUGGACACCUCAACUGACCCUUCAAGACCUGUGCAACAAGAGGGAGCCUUAGCCCCCAUGGGGCCCAGUGAGACGCCAAAACGUCUUUAUUUCUGGGCUAUAGUCUUAACUGCUGUCCUCUGCUGUCUGCUUGUCAUCACAGCUAUAGUGCUGGGGGUCCUCUAUGACAAGGAAUCAAAGAAAAAUUACAACCCAGAUCUGGACAGUUUGCUGUCCGCCUACCAUAAUGUGAGCACCCUCUACCAAAGAGUUUCUGAGGCCAAUGCCCAGCUGCAAAGAGAGAACACCGACCUGACCAAAAACAACACUUGGCUACACGCUCAGAACACACACCUCACCAGCAACAACACACAGCUCAUGUGGCAAAACGACAACCUCACACUGGAAAACACAGAGCAACGCCGGGAGAUCUGGAACCUGACCGACGCCAGUCGUCGACUACGCGACAAAGCCACCAAUCUGACCGCAUACAGUGAACAGCUGGAGGGGCAGAACCUGAACAUGUCUCACACCAUCACUCUACUGCAGCAGGAGAACAGAAACCUGACUGAAUCCAACACGCGACUGCAGAGCGAUAACUGGGACCUGUCUGAUGCUAACAUACAGCUCGAGCGGGAGAAUCACAACUUUUCUGAUGCCAACAGCUUCCUGGGGGGCUGUUGUGAGACAGCAAAAUGGAAUAGCACACUGCUUCUGAAGGAGAACCAGGGCCUGCUGGAAGAGAACACCUGGUUGAAGCACCAGAAUCAGAACUUGACCCAUCAAAAUGCAUGGCUGGCAAUGCAGGGAGAGGUGCUCAUGAGGGCCAAUGCCAGGCUAAGUUUGGAGAAUGCAAACCUACUGGAUGAUACACUCAGGCUUUACCAGAACUACCUGUCUCUGGAUCAGUACUGCCCUGUUGUGAAUGCUGAGACUCAGGAACGUCUUUGUAAGAAGUGUACAGGCAACUGGAUCAUUUUCCAGUCCAAGUGCUACUUCUUUUCUGGUGUCAAAAAAACCUGGCGUGACAGCCGAGCAAAAUGCCAAUCUGAAGGGGCAGACUUACUCAUUGUCAAUAGUGUGGAGGAGCAGAAGUUUGCAUUUAGGACAAGCCUUUCUGUCAAUCAAGCGGGCACCCGGGUUUGGAUCGGACUGACGGACGCACAGACAGAAGGACAGUGGCACUGGGUGGACGGCAGUCCUGUCACUGAGGAUUUGCAGUUCUGGCUUAGUCGGACUAGCGAAGCAGACGAGCCUGAUGACUGGAAGGCAACUAACUCUCUGGGUGAAGACUGUGGACAUCUAGACACUAGUGUGCACGAACUGAACUCCUGGAUGGAUGCGCCAUGUGAGACAGCCUACAGAUCAAUCUGUGAAAAGAGUGUUUAAAACAUACACAAAUUCUGUUCUUGUGCUGAUGUAAAGUCCAAAUACGCAUCAAAUAAGUUUAAGAAUACAUGCAGGCUAUUCCUUUCAGUCAUGUUCCAUUUCUCAAUAGUCAUUGAUCUGUCAAUAAUCUAUGUAUUUAGCAGGAUUCUACAACAAGCCUAUUUUUGAUGUAGAAUCACAACAUUCAAUUAACAUUUUCUACUUCAAAUUUUUCCAAAAAUGUAAAAAUUUCUAUGAAUCUCGUCUUUUUGAUCUCCUUUCAUUUUGAAGGCUGCGCUCACUCAAUAGCAUGAUUUAAUACAAAGGCUUUUCCACAUACAACAUACAAUCAAAUGCAACAUAGCAACUUUUACAACAUAAUGAACAUUAGCCAUGAGGUCAUGUGGCUCAGUUAAACUCAGUUUAUCCUCUUUUUCCUUAAUUUCAUUGCUGUACCAUUUAUUUUAAUAUUCUGCAUUGGAUCGUGAUGGUAUGUUGUGGAAACUGCAGUUUCAAUAAAGUUUGUUGAAAUUUGA